CAGUCGAUCUUUGAACCGUGGCAAGAAAAUAUGAUACGCAAGCAAAAAGCUUUCCGAUUGUUACCCUAACGGUGGACAAGAAAAAAGCGGUCCAUUUUCAGGCGAGGUUCGCGUAUGUGUGUGAGAAACAGAGAGACAGAGAGAGUGCGAGAGAGAGGGAGAAAGGUCAGCUCUCUAAACAGACACAGUUUUGAUGUGUGUGCUUUUAAACUUGCUUGCGGGAAAUGUUGCCCUGAUUUACGGAAAAUUAUCACCGUAACGCUAGCGAACAGUGUACACUGAAGCCCCCAUUUCAUUGAGAAUAAUUUCCGGUUGCAUGUUGUACGGUGAUUUAUCUCCGGCUCUGAUUCACGGCGAAACCGCUCUUCAGUAGAAGUGUUUGAUUUUCAAUCUCCCGGAAAAAGAUCCUUAUUCAAGUGCCGACCGGUUGCUGUGCCGUGGCCUGCCGUUUGCGGCCCCGAAGGGUAGCAAUUCGCUAAAGUGAAAAAGUUUAUCCUCCUGGUUUCGUUGAUUUCCUCGAGCUCGGGCAUGGCAUUGACCGGUAAGGGGUUAGGCAACGGGAGAAAAAUAAUGUGAUUAGCAGUGGUGCAACUUUUAGGCGAGCGUUUUAGAGCCUCAAGGUCAGUGGGUAGGAUUUCUGCCGAAGGUAAAAAUGCAAACAGUUUUUUCGGCAGUUUUCAACUUUGUUGCAUUGCGAAAAUAAAGGUUGUGAAGCAGUGGUAAACAUCCAUGAUAACAACAGUAUUAGAAACUUAGAUGAAUACCCACCGGAGUGGGUUUCCUCAGUUGGUUGGCACAGGUGUGCAAAGAAUGUAGAAACUGCCACAAGAAUCAAGCAGAAGAUGUUUUUCUUGCAGAAUUAAACUUUCGGAGUGGUGUUUGCACUUUUUUUUCGUCAACGUGAUUCGUGUGCAGAUAUAUUCCGCAUUUUGCGGGGUUGAUGUGCGUUGCUGUUGAGAUUCACGAUAUUCCUAAGAAAUACAUGCUCGAGUGUGACAGUGGAGACGGUGAUUAGAGUAGAUUUUUCUGAUGAAACCUUGAUCAAGUGAUGAAAACUGAAGUUAAUUGGUAGCCGAGUGUUGGAGUGAUUAUAAUGAAAAGUAGGUAAUAAGUUUAUGAAAAAGUGGAAAAAAAUUCAAUUAGAUCAAAUUAAUGUCGACACAGGGAAAUUGUCAACUUUCGUAGGAAGGAAUCUUAUAUAAUAUCUAGCAGCAACGGUGUCAUUUCCAACCAUUCCCAAAGGACUAUUGAUCAAUCAAACCGAUUUCUAUCAACGGUUGAUUAGACUGAAUAAGAUGGCCACAUCACAGAAGCGUAAUUAAAGCUGGCAGCAGACAAGGACCCCCAGCCAGGAGUAACACCAGCAGCAAGCAGUAACAGCAGCAGCAAGCAGUCACAGCCAGCAAGGAUUCAAUGCAGUAGAAAUACCCGAAACAAAACGGUGUCUUACUCUACUCGUUUCCUCACUCCCGGGCACGGUGGAGCGUUAAGGACAAGAAGUGAAAUAGAAAUAAACCAUAAGGAAGCACAGAACAGCCCGGUUGCAGGAUUAAACGUUUCUGGCGAAAAGUUGUACAACGAAACGACGAGAGCCACACUGCCGAGAGUAAAGUUUUUAAUUUGAAAUCGGCCGUGAGCUCGGAACGGAAAGCCUGUGGAAUGAAUCAAGAGACUGUGGCGAGCGGAGAAUUAAAAACCAGUGGGAAUUAGUGCCUAGAAGGAGAAUGAACGAAAAAAAAAAACUGCAGAACUAUAUCAGCAUAAAUGAAAAUUAAGUGUAGUUUGGCGGCGGUGAGACAGAAACCGUUCGAACUCGAAACAAUCAUAGUGGCAUAAUAAAGUGAAGUUCGGGUUCGGUUUUGUGGAGAGAAGUGAAAGAAGAGAAAAAAAAAACAAAUAAACACUAACACAGAUUCGCAUUAUUGGUUCUACGGGAAAACUCACCACCACACGCGCAGCAGUGUAGAGUUUUCAUUCCUUUCGCACAGUAUCCUGCGGUGUUCGGGUUUCGUUCGGGUUUGGUACUCUUCUCACUUCGGUUCCAGAGCGUGUUGGUACGAAUCGCUCGAGUCAUAUAUACAAGCGGGCUCCGGCGGUGAACAGUUUAGUACAACUUUAGACGCUCGUGAAGAAAGAUGUUCGCUGGUGCUUGUGCGCGGUUUACUGUGUGACGAGCGUGUAACCAAUCGGGAAGGAAAAAAACAGAACAGUGCAGCCUACUGCGGGCGUGUGCGAUUUUGUUUCGGCAAAUUACAGAUCCUGUUCGAAGCGAAAAAGAAGAUUGUGGGCUACCCAAGUACCGAAGCCAAACGUGUUGUGAGAAGAUUGAUUUUGUUUUGCUGCAAUCCGAUGGGAAUUCAAAACCCUAGAUAGAACUUGUGCCGUGGAAUAGCGCGCAAAAAAACAUGACGAAUUGGCGAAAAUGAAAUUUAACCAACCAAGAGUGUGAAUAGUUCGAGUAUAAUUUGUUACCGUACGACAGUUUGUGUUACGCGUAGUGUUCGACCGUAAAAGAGAAAUACUAUAUUUUCUAUCGACAAGUACCGGAAAUAUGAAAUAAAUAAAUAAUAAAUGCUGCAAGCAGCCGAUAAAAGCAAAAAAGUGAUUCAAAAUCAACUGCGACCCAUUUGUCCGGCCUGCCAACAACAGGGAAGAAAGUGACGCAAAAAAAUGAGUUUAAUUACGCGAAAGCUGGAGCUGGUGUCACUGCCGGCUUUGCUGCUGGUGCUGCUCGUAUCCGUUCAGGUUAACUAUAGUUUGCAGUAUGACUCAGCCGAGGCCCGCUACUAUCCGACCAGUCCGGUGGAGUCAAAUCUGCGGUACGACGCUCCGGAUGAUUGCAAGUAUCGCAUCACACCGGAAGACGAGGUGGAGCUGGUGUGCAAUCUGAGAACCGUGAAUAGUGAGUUUGAUAAUACGAACUUCAGUGUGAUACCAUCGGAGCAUACGGCUUCGCUGGCGGUGAUCUGCAAUGAAGCGAUAAUGGCAAGGAGUAAACUACAGGCGAGGUCGUUUGCCCAUCUGGUUCGGCUUAAGGCCCUCUCGCUGGAGUACUGCAAGAUUGCGAAGUUCGAAAACGACGUCCUGGUCGGGUUGAAUGACCUGCGGAACUUCACACUGCGAACACAUAAUAUCAACUGGCCGGAGCUGAAUCUGGAAAUUGAGCCAGAAGUUUUCGCCUCAACCAAGAGCUUAGAACAGUUGGAUUUAAGCAUGAAUAAUAUCUGGUCGCUGCCGGAUCAUUUGUUUUGUUCGCUGAGUGGACUGCGGUCGUUGAAUAUCAGCUCGAAUCGACUGCAGGAUGUCAAUGAUUUGGGAUUCCGAGAGAAGUCAGUGGUGAAGGAGGAAAAUGGAACCCAUAAUGCAAGCUCAGUUAGCUGCAAUCUUGACUUGGAAGAUUUGGAUGUUUCCAAAAAUCAUUUCGUUCUGCUGCCAGCGAGCGGUUUUGGCAUGCUGAAACGAUUGAAGCUGCUGAAAAUUCACGAUAACGAAAUUUCGAUGGUAGGCGAUAAGGCUCUGAAUGGGUUGAAAGAGUUGCAAAUCUUGGAUUUGAGUUCGAAUAAAAUCGUUGCCCUGCCAACCGAUCUGUUCAAGGAUCCGGCACAAUCGAUUCAGGAGAUUUAUCUGCAGAAUAAUUCGAUCAGCGUUCUGUCUCCGGGGCUGUUCUCGAAGUUGGAACAACUGCAAGCCUUGGACUUAUCGAUGAAUCAGCUGACCUCAGCAUGGGUCAACCGAGACACCUUCUCCGGUUUGAUUCGACUGGUGCUGCUGAAUCUAGCUAACAAUAAAAUCACCAAGCUGGAAUCGGAAAUAUUUUCCGAUCUGUACACGCUGCAAAUUCUAAAUCUUCGACAUAAUCAGCUGGAAAUUAUUGCUGCCGAUACGUUUUCCCCCAUGAACAACCUGCAUACGUUGCUGCUAUCCCACAACAAAGUGAAAUAUUUGGAUGCAUAUUCAUUGAAUGGCUUGUACGCUCUCUCGUUGCUAUCACUGGACAACAAUGUUUUAACCGGUGUCCAUCCGGAGGCUUUCCGCAACUGCAGCUCGCUGCAGGAUUUGAACCUAAAUGGAAAUGAAUUGACCCAGGUGCCGUUGGCACUGAAGGAUAUGCGACUGCUGAGAACCGUUGAUUUGGGCGAGAAUUCAAUCAGCGUUAUCGAAGAGCCCGGAUUUCGUGGAAUGAACAACCUAUACGGGCUGCGACUUAUAAGCAACAAUAUUGAAAACAUCACCCGAAAGGCGUUCAAAGACCUACCCAGUCUGCAGAUUCUGAAUUUGGCUCGCAAUAAGAUUCAGUUUAUCGAAAAAGGUGCUUUCGAGCCGGCUGUCAGUGUGCAGGCUAUCCGUUUGGACGGCAAUCUGCUGACUGAUAUCGACGGACUAUUUACGGCGAUGCCGAAUUUGGUGUGGCUGAACAUUUCCGAUAACAAGCUGGAGCAAUUUGAUUACUCGCAGAUUCCGACCCACUUGCAGUGGCUGGAUUUGCAUAAGAACGAGUUGACCGAGCUGGGAAACCGGUACGGAUUGGAUAAUCAGCUGUUUCUGCAGACGCUGGAUGCUAGCUUCAAUCGGUUGACGAAGGUGACACCGUCUUCGAUUCCGAACUCGAUUGAGUUUCUGUUUAUGAACGAUAAUCAGAUUGUGCAUGUGGAGCAGCACUGCUUUAUCCAUAAGACGAACCUAACGAGGGUAGAUUUGUACGCAAAUCAGCUGACCGGGUUGGAGAUUAAGGCACUGAGACUGCAGCCGGUGCCGGAGGACAAGCAGUUGCCGGAGUUUUACAUCGGUGGAAAUCCGUUCGUGUGCGAUUGCAACAUCGAUUGGUUGCAGAAGAUAAACCAUGUGACUUCCCGUCAGUAUCCGACGAUUAAUGACAUUGAGACGGUGUACUGCAAGCUAAUGUACAACCGGGAGCGAGCUUUCAUUCCGCUAAUCGAGGCAGAACCGAAGCAUUUUCUCUGCAGCUAUAACACGCACUGUUUCGCGCUCUGUCACUGUUGUGAGUUUGAUGCGUGCGAUUGUGAAAUGACGUGCCCGAACAACUGUCAGUGCUAUAAUGACAACACCUGGUCGACGAAUAUCGUCGAGUGCUCGGCUGCAGGAUACACGGACAUUCCGAAUAAUAUUCCAAUGGACACGACUGAGGUGUACAUCGAUGGGAACAACUUGGUGGAACUGUCCGGGCAUAGUUUUAUUGGGCGGAAAAAUCUUCGAGUGCUGUACGUGAAUCAUUCCAAUAUUGAGAUUAUUUACAACACGACGUUCAUUGGUUUGAGGAAGUUGACGAUUCUGCACUUGGAGUAUAAUAAUAUUCAGAAGCUGUAUGGAAACGAGUUCAGUGCGUUGGAGAAUUUACGUGAGCUCUAUCUGCAAGGGAAUAAGAUCUCGUACAUUGAGGAUCAUACGUUUGCUGAGCUGCGAAAGUUGGAAGUGCUGCGGUUGGAUGGGAAUAGGAUCAACAGUUUUGAAGUUUGGCAGCUGGCCUCGAAUCCUUACCUGGUGGAGAUUGCGUUGGCCAACAAUAUGUGGACUUGUGAUUGCGGUUUCUUGAACAAGCUAAGAAUUUACCUGCAGUCGAAUACGGAGAAGAUCAUCGAUGCUAAUGAGAUCAGCUGUGUUUAUAAUAAUUUGACGAGUAUUCUGAAGGAGAAAAAUGGAACCAAGUGUACUUUCCGCGGAGAGGGAAUGAGUUCGAUUGUGCAUACGCAGGAGAUUGAGGAUAUGCUUCCGCUGCUGUUGGUGGCUACAUGUGCGUUUGUUGGCUUCUUCGGGCUGAUUUUUGGAAUGUUCUGCUACCGUAAGGAGCUGAAGGUGUGGGCCCACAGCAGCUGCUUCGGAUCAUUGUGCUACAAGUCCGGUACUUUCGUGAAUGAGUUCGACAAGGAUAGACUGUACGACGCGUACAUCAUCAACUCACUACAGGAUGAACAUUUCGUUAAUCAAAUCCUGGCGUCGACACUGGAAAACGAAAUCGGAUUCCGACUGUGCUUGCACUACAGAGAUUUCAACAUCAACACCUACAUUGCCGAUACGAUCGUGGAAGCGGUGGAGAGUUCCAAACGUGCCAUUUUAGUGCUAUCAAAGAAUUUCCUGUACAACGAGUGGACUCGGUUUGAGUUCAAAGGAGCGAUCCACGAAGUGCUGAAGCGUAGAAGGAAACUGAUCAUCAUCCUGUACGGUGAUCUUCCACAGCGUGAUCUGGACGCUGAUAUGCGUUUGUAUCUCCGGACGAACACCUGCAUCGAAUGGGAUGACAAAAAGUUCUGGCAGAAACUUCGAAUCGCGCUACCACAUGUGAAGAAGAGCAACUGCUUGAGCAAACGCUCGGCGAUCAAUAUCUACGCUACGGCCAAUGAGUACAACACUGCUGGGCGAUCGCGAAUUGCUGGGGCGGGAACACUGCCGGCUCCAGGUCCUGCGAGGCUCGAAAGCCACAGCUACGCUACCAUAGGAGGCAACUGCCCGAGAAACUGUGAUAAUUAUGAUACGGUUAGUAAUUGUAAAUAUAACACAACGCAGCAUGAAAGGCGGCUGAACGACUUCAGCCGGAAGGUGACGGCGGAGAGACAACACGAGUAUGCGGUUCCUUCCAACUGUCUGCUGGAUACGACACACGAAACGUACAACACCAGCUGCGAGCGGAUCGCUGGGGAAACGUUCGAGUGUACCUCCAGCAGCAAAUAUUCCACGUCGUCGCGGGGUUCGAGUGAGUGUUCACACUCGAUCACACCGACCCAUGGUUACGGUGGACAUUCGGGUCCGUCACUGGCGAACGGUGGCCCGCCGAAUAUCCUCUCCACCAACUUCAUGGGUAAGGCCGAUCCUGGCGGAGGUGGCGGCGUCGGCGUCGGUGUCGGUUGCGGCGCUUACAACAGUACCAGUGCUUCUAACAAUUUGACUAGUAGUAGUUACAAUAGCAGUAGGAAACCGAACAAUUGUGUUAAUGGAUGCAAUGACAGUAGUGUUGGUGGUGGUGGUAGCAAAGGUGAUAAGUCCAACUCGAGCACGAUUGGAGACAAGAAUAAUUUCAAUGAUAGAAGACUGCCACAGGCGAUGUGGGCAUAACGAUUACUUAAGUACAGACUAGUUAAUUACUUUUACCGUUGAACUACUGGAAGCCAGGCCUCUGGCAGGAGGUUAUCAGCUACUCUUACACAACAUAGCAAACACAAACACACACACACUCAUAGAACAAUGUUAGGUGAAGUAAGUUGCACUAAAGUAGAGUAGGUGGUAGAGUAGGCGGGGCUCUCUUGUUUGAAAGGAUUUUGCUUGAUUUAUUUACGCCGUUAUUGGUUUAAAUGUUAUCAAAGCUUUCACUUUCGUGCGAUGUUGUUGUGUUUCUACAGAAUUGUUUGUCAAUAGAAAUAAUUGGUUCAAUACUGCACUCAAAUGUCUGUCACACGAACCACGGUUGGGUUCAUGGGUGCAACGUUAGCGCCUGUUAAGUCUACGCAGUGCCUUUAUGAAAAAAAAGCGAUAGAGAGGAAGAAAAACCGAAAAAAAUACGACACAUAGAAAGAGAAGCAGUGAACACAACUCCGUAGUAAAUCAGAAAAGAAUACAAAAGCCAAGAUUUCAGCCUACACAUUCCCACAUGAGAAAGAUUAACAGUUACGCCAAAGCGGCUCAGCAGAGCAGUGAAAUAUGACAUUCUGUAGCACUCACACAAAUCAAGCACAUUAGAAGCGAACAGUGGGUUUAGAAGAAACUGAAAAACAAAAAUCGAUCCCAGCUCUCAGGCGAACCCAUAGGGCAAUCGUUCCCAGCGGAGAAAAUCCGAAAAUUCUAGUCACAAAAGAAGCAGAGACGUGGAGGAACUAAUUCUAAUCUCUUCAAAAUCAAUCUUCCAUUACGUUUGAUGAUUGAAAGCAGUUUCUUUCAACCUACCUUCCCUUUUGUCCGGAAUCAACUCGCCAGGAGAGUUGAAAUCCCUUCAACAGAAUACCAGCAAAGGUAAUCUGAUUUUUCACGCUUAAGUUCGAACCAUUUUAAUCGCUGAAAAUAAAGCGGAAUAAUAGCAUUCUACUAGACAGCAACAGAGUAAACCGUAAAAUGUAGACCACCCUAUCACUAGAUUGAUUCACACCAACGAAAACCCACUCGUGAGUGGCGCACUGCGUAACUCGCAAAACAAUACCAAACAGACUUAACCGCUCACAAAUGAAGAUUUCUUUCCAUUCUACAACGUGGAAGAUCGCAACCCAAACCAGCGGAUGUUACAGAAAAAAAAUGGAGCAAUCAGCAGUGGACGGCGAGCGCAAUUUGCCUCGUUUCCUGACCCGAACUGUGGGUGGAGGAUUUGGUUGCGUUGUUCCCCGUUGAUCCGCAAAACAAGUUACCUUUAAUCGCGCUAUAAGAAUCAUCACCGAUUUCACCGACCGAACAAAGCUAAGGUUGAGUUGGACUAAAACCGAAAUGAAUGAAAAGCAAGAAGUGCAAGAGAGCUCAAAAGAUUCGCCAGCUAAACCAUGUAGAUGCAAUCGAAAACAGAAUGGUAAAUUAGUGCAGCCACACCGGAACUGAAUUGAUUUACAUUUAUAGUGUCUUUCGUUCUCACUUCCAUGAAACCAAGUUCGUUUAUAAACUGCUCUGCUCGAAGUUUCAAGUCAUGAAACGCUUUAGCCGAAACAAAUUAGUCAGUUAGAGUCAGAGCAGUUUUAAUUUGAUCAGAUCUACAGGAAAACAGUACUACUCGUAAGCCUGUGCUAUCCAUGCAGCAGCGGUAAAUUGAACACACAAGUUCCUCCAUAUUGGUGGAAGGUUAGGUUUCCUAUUGAAAAACGAAAAAAGUUAAAAAACAACAAAAAAAGCAAGCAAACAAGAAAAACCAGUCGAUAAAAUAUACUAUUUUGUUGUGUUAUUUUCAUUACCUCAUUGAAAGUAUAGCCAUGUAAAGAGAAUCAAAUACGAUACGAAUUGAGAUUCUUGUAUGUAAAUAUAGAAACUUUUGAAUUUCUGAAAACCUAUGCUAGUGCGCUAUCAAAUUAUGUACAUAUAGAGAAGAAAUUUACGACUUAACAGCUAGCAGGUAGUAGCAUAGCGAAAGCAACUCACAAAUUUAAGAAACAGAGAAACUCACUACUCGAAAAAAUAAGCAAACAAAGCGGCAAAAAAAGAUACAAAUUCAAUCGAAUGAAACGAACAAAGUUACUCGCUCUUUAAAUUUAAUUUACCGUAAUGGAAAGAAGAAAAGAUUUACUGUAAUAUAGACGAGAGUAUUUGUUAAAUAGUCACUCACAUGCAUCACACGAACACACACACACACUAAGAAUAUUGUACAUAUAAACACUAGUUGGUUAGUCUGCUGAAAUGAAAAAAAGUUGAUCGUCGAAGAAUUGUAAUUAUCUUAGUUGUUAGGAUUCCCAGCAGACGAUGCCCGGCGGAACUCUUUCUCACACACCAACACUCUUCCACUCACACACACACACAAACAGAUACGACACGCGUAGACGCAAGGUGUGUUCGCGCAUAGCCGAAAUUACUAACAUUACCAGUAAACAAAAGUUUAAGCAACUGAGGAAAAAAGAAUUUUAAGGAAAGCGAUAAGAAAUAAAAACGCUAUUGAGAGAUAAAAAUCAACAAACAAAUUACGACAAAAUAAAAGCUAUAAUUUAUUUAUGAAAAUUAAAAACAAA